UGUAUAUAUAUAUAUAUAUAUAGCAUAAUAAUGCCUUGAGUUUGCUGUAUUUCCAGUUCUUCUUCUUCUUCAACCAUGGCGGAUCAAUUCUCACUCUCAGAAGAACAAAAAAUCAUAAUUCAAAAGGAUUUUUCAUCUUCUUCUUUACAAGAAUUGGUGUCUGGGUCUUGUUUUUAUGGCGAUCCAAGUCUCUGGGAAUCCAUAGCUCGAGCUUCGAGGUCAGAAAAUGGCGGUUCCAAAGGCAAUGAUCAAUCAAAGUCUCCAUCUUCUUCUUCUUCUUCUUCUUCUUCGCCUUCUUCGUCGUGUUCUACGUCGUUUAGAAUGUUUUCGAGGGGGAAAACUGAGAUUUCUGGUGGGAAUUUGAUCGAAAGUAAUGUUCAAGCAGAUGGAGAAAGGUUCAUUCCCUUGAAUUUCUUGGAGAGUUUUCCCAAACAAGAAUCUGAGUCUUUUUCUUCUUCUCCUCUGUUUCAGUCUAGAACAGAUUCAACAAAUUUGACUCUGUUUCUUCAAGAACCCACCAUUGUUGAUCCAUACCCAUUUCAAAUUCAAGCUCAAAAUGGGUUCCAAUGGCUGAAAAGCAACCAAAUUCAGAAUCAGGCCGAGGCCAAUGCUGCCACUGCGUCGAGAAAUUACAGUGAUUUCUGGCUGGGGGUGACGAAAACUCAGCCGAUGAAACAGAUUGGAAGAAAACAGGGGAAUCACAAAACAGAGACGUCGGUGACGGCGACGGCGACGGCGGUCGGAAAGUUGUUCAGAGGUGUUCGGCAGCGGCACUGGGGGAAAUGGGUGGCGGAGAUUCGGCUGCCGAGGAACCGGACGAGGGUCUGGCUUGGGACCUUCGAUACAGCGGUGGAAGCCGCCGUCGCGUACGACACUGCCGCCUAUAUACUGAGAGGGGAAUUCGCACAUUUGAAUUUUCCCGAUCAGAAGCACCGCCUGAAAUCCAACUCUCUUAACCGUACUACGGCGGCGCUGCUGGAGGCGAAGUUGCAGGCGAUCACGCAGGGGAAUUCCGGUAGAAAAAAAACGACCACAGCAACCACUGCCACCAAAUCCGCCAUUGACCCUUCUUCUAUUUCAGAGAAAAGACUGUUGCAGGGAGAUUCAAAAGUGCUAAAUUUGAACCAGAAUCCGGUGCGUUUUUCACCGGAAAACAUGUCGGGCAGUGGUGGCAACGGUGGCGGAUCUGAAACAGGGGAGUUGAAGAGAAAUGAAGAUGGAAUCUUGGAAAUUGAACAACAUGUUCAGCUCAGCAGAAUGCCAUCUUUGGACAUGGACAUGAUUUGGGAUGCUCUGUUAGUUUCUGAUUCAUAAAUUUCUUUCUUUCUUUUGGUUUUUGUUAUUUCUUUUUUAGUCCCUGAAUUGAUGAUUAUUUAUUUGGA